CGUCCAUGGAUAGCGCUGUGUCUUUUUUAGCGCGUCACAUCCCGACAUCCGGGGAACAAGGCUACGAUCCAACGAAUGCUCACUUAUUAAGAGCUUUUAGUUUCAAGCUUGUCACAUUAUCUGCUCUGAAGUACUAAGAAACACAUCACCAUGAAGGCAGCUUGGGCUUUUGUUUGGAUAUUUUUGGAUUACCUGACACAAACGUCUGUAGUUGGUCAGACGACCAUGAUUUCCAGUGACAACCGGACUUUUGAGGUUUGCACCAGCUCUACCUGUGACUCAACUGGUUGUGGUAACCCUUUUGGUGUACCUGUCCAAACAUGCAGCUGCGAUUAUGGCUGUGAAUAUUUCGGGGACUGCUGCAUAGACUACAUCUUCCAUUGCAAGCAGGCAACUCCAGAUGAAUCUUGGACUUCUGUAGAAAACACACCCGACACAUUUGAAGAUGCGACUAGACUACUGGAUACGUCUCAGGUAACAUGUGUGACCCUGCCUCAAGAAACUGAUCAUUAUUGGAUGGUGUCGUCCUGUCCUAAGACCUGGGAAAACGAUCUGGUAAAGUCUAGGUGCGAAGACUAUCAACCGAUGAUGGAUCUUGAUUUGGCCAUCAUCCCAGUAAGCCAUGGAGGGUUGAGUUACAAGAAUGUUUACUGCGCGUUGUGCAACGGUUUGAACCAGAAUGAGCUCACCCCUUGGAAGCUGGAACUCCUUUGCUCUCAAAGCCUAACAGACAUGAUAAUAUCGGGAGAUGCUACUCUAUCGGACGUGUUGGCGAGUGGUGAAUGUACCAUAUCCAUUCAACCUCCAUCAGAUUCGUCUCCAUCUGGUUCAAGGAAAUGUCUGGCUUCAGAGGUCACAGGUGAUUGUCCCGUAGGUUCCGAUCAAGAUGUUAGCACAUUGUGUAUCUCUUACCAGAAUUUUGUCACAGAUGAAAAUGGCACCACAUUUCGAAAUCCAUACUGCAAAUUAUGCAACGCAGUUCCUGGUAUCAGUUUGGCUGAGUCACAAGAACAUGUUAGAAAUAUCUGUUUGGCUGCGACCGAAACAACUUCGGAACCCCCAAGGCCAACAAAGCCUACUCCAAAAAGGUGGCCUUCGGGACGGGUAACCCCGACACAGUCUGAAGACCGAGGAUUCAUCAACCCAGCGGGCGGAAAUGCUCUUCAACCUUUGUCUAUCAUUAUGGAUUUCUCUAAGAACAGUCGCGUUCAAGUUGUGCACUCAGAGGACGUCAUCAAGGAAGUGGAUAUUUCUUGCCAACCUUGGGAGGUAUUUGAUCCGUUCUUACAACAAUGCUUGACCCUAUCUUGCGCGAAUGGAUAUGAACUCCGUGACAACGUAUGUUACAGGCUAACCCCUCCUCUCAAUCUUACCUGUGGAGCAGAUGACUCUGAUCUUAGAUUGGUAGUUUCGGCUAAGGUUGGUCUCAGUCAGCCUAUGGAUAUCACAAACUGCGACUCCAACGAACUGGAUAAAAACGUAACCCAGUUUGUUGAGUACAUAUUAAAUCUUCCAUCAGGCAAACUUCGUUCUCUAGAUGGAUCAAGAAAUGAUGGUGAUGACGACAUCCGUUUGAUGUCCGACGAAGGAUCUAGCAAAUGCCUGUCCCUGUCCAAUAAUUCCUUUAAAAUCGAUUAUGCAAUCGAACCAGGAUCGCUGUCAUUUGCGCAGCUGGAAGAAAGUGCUGAUAAAACACUUCUCCAAUAUACAACAACACCAGUCGAUGCUUCCGAGUAUCACGUCUGGUCUUUGACCAUUUCCCAGCAAUGCAUAUCUGUUUCAGGUCUCAGCCAAUGUCCAGGUGGGCUAAAACUUCUUACCAAUCCGAACGUAUCACGUGUGCAAAAUUCCACAGUUGUACGAGAUGAACAGACUGGCACCAUCUACCAUUCAUAUGAAACUGUCUUCACAGCUUCGUAUGAGAUAGACACUGUGGGUCCUACAUAUAACUAUAACAAGUCUUUAAACAUCCAAGUGUGUAAUCAGAUGAAACUGCUGACAUGUUCCCUAAUUACCCAGCCGGCCAGUAUGUUUACACCACUGGACGAUUCGAGCCUCAACAACACGUUGACCGGACACAUACUAGGGCCCGAUGACUACACGCUGACCUCCAACGGUAGUGUCCAAUACUGUGCUCCAGAUAACUUUGGAAGGAACGCCACUUUUAACCAAACGACCGUAGAAAGAAUAUUUGCUUACGACGAAGCGCAGGUUAUUCUAAGCUUUGUGGGAGUCAGUCUUUCUCUUAUUUCCCUCCUCAUAACAUUUGCUACUUACUGCAUCUUCCCUCACAUGCGUCGCUGUGUGAGCAACAAACUCAUCAUGGUAUUAUGCGUCGUACUUUUCCUGGCACAGCUUCUGCAGAUGAUAAGUGGACUUGGGACAUCUGUUCCUGAGCUCUGCACCUCUCUGUCCGUUGUCUCGCAUUUCCUAUGGACCUGUGUUUUUGCCAUAACAACUUGUCUGGCCUUCGAACUCAACAGGACCCUCGGAGCUCGGGAUAGCUUUACUGUAUCAAUCAACAGUACGCGAGCCAUUGUGUCUUACAUGCUCUUUACCAUACUAAUUGCAUCCACCCUUGUCGGUUGUUGCUUGGCCAUUCACUUUACUGUCGGUGAGGAGCUAAGUUUCUCCUAUGGAAGUGAUAACGUCUGUUGGAUCGUCAACCAAGGUGCCAAUCUCAUCGCAUUUGGGUGUCCUCUUGGGGUAUUUCUCAUCAUCAAUACCAUUCUGUUUCUUCAUACUGUAGCAGGGAUCAGAAACGCCUCCAAGGUCAGGAGGAGCAUGAUUAUGGAUAGCCAGAGCAUCAAGGACACGGCCAAGGAACUCCGUGUCUAUCUUAAAAUCUCGACACUCUUGGGAUUCACGUGGUCGUUCGGAUUCAUCGCCGGCUUCGCAAACAUCAAUGUUCUUUGGUAUGUCUUCAUCAUCUUAAACUCACUGCAGGGAUUCUACAUCUUUCUCGCAUUCAUCGCCAACCAUCGGGUCUAUUCCAUGUGGAUGACAUGCUUGUGUCAUUGCAAUACCUCAGGGUCUCUUAAAAGGCACUCUCGUGGAACCUCGUCAAUACCCUUCAGCCAGAGGAUGUCACGCCUCACAUCUGUCUCGUCACUUCCGAGAACUUCUGAGUAUGUGUCGAACAACGACCGAAGGCAUUCGGGUGAGAAAGGCAUGCCUCGCUACUCGAUGUCAAGUCAAAAAGUAAAGAAUAAUCGGAUAUCUUCGGGUGCGCCGGAUCAAGCGGAAACGAAUAGUGAUCGGGGAUCUCCGUCUGGGAUUCGGAGGUAUUCGCACGGGGAAUGGAAAUACGUCGGGGAGCGAAAACAAUCCGGCGAUCGAAAAUACCAGCCAGCGAGUGGCCGGAGAAAUGUUAAUAAUGAAAAAAGCGUUAAGAACUAAAUGUAAACUUUACAUGAAAUUAUAAUUGCCUAAGAUCAGGCAACCUUGAAAAACGCUUGACGCUGUACUUCUUUCAAUUUAGUACCACAUCUGAGGGGUAUAAAACACCAACAUUGAACCCUUUCAUACUUUGCAGAAUUUAUGGGGGUAACCGCAGUACUAUCAUUGGUGUUACAGGUGUUUCUCCUGAAUAUAUUUGUAAUAUGAAUCAUAUCGCUAAGAAGCACUAUUUAAAACAUUCAACCUGUCUAAUCAUUGUCAAUUCCGAGGUCUUCUCAUGAAUAUGAAACCAUCAGAACUGAUAUGCCCUACAAGAGCAUAUUCUUCACGCAAAAAUUACUUUAUGAAAUAAAUAAGCACUUUAGAUCAAAUAAAUUCUCCUGAAAAGCAGCAUUUCCUAGAUGAGAUUGUUUGUACAUCAACUCGCAACAUAUUUACGAGGAAAACUAGAAUUAUUUCAAGUUACAGCACUCAGUAUUUAUAUGGUAUCUGUGUAGGUGCAUUCUAUCGGUGUAACCCUAUGUAAGAGUAUAUUCAUAACGAUUGUGAGGUUCUGUUUUUAUAGGUGGACAAUUCUACAGUGGGAAAAAUCCGGAUAUUUCAGAUGUUAUAAAAAUGUUUGAAAUAUUGGAAAUUCAUAGGGUUUCGCGCAUGUUGAAUUACACAAGCAAUGUACCGGUAUGUCGAAUUCUCGAAAUAAUCCCGUUUUUUGACUGACAUAAUACUUUGGUAAGAUAUUUUAGCCUCGUCGUUUUUUUUUUAUUUCUAAUUUUGAUAGCAGUUUUACAGCUGUAUACCCCCAAUAUAACACAGUUCACUAUGCUUAGGAUUAUAGGGUAAGGAUUGCAGCUAGGGUUAGUGUUACCUAUUUGGUGGGGUAUUUCGACAAUAUUCAGCAACUUUAGGCAAGUUAAUUAACACCUUAACCCUACAUUAGUUAUAUCAAUUUGCAGGAACAUAACAUUAAUCCAUGCAAUGUAAAUCUUAGCAUAAAUGCGGUGCCUAAUUUUCCGUCCAUGAUUGAUAUGGUGUCUAAUUACCGGCCUAAUGUGAUACGAAAGCAAGCCUAAAUCACAUUGACAUAAACGAAUUAAAAAAACAUGUCGUGCUUGCUUUUGAUAAAUGGAGUUCAUACAAGGAUUACUUUCCAUUGUAAAUCGACGUGGGCAUAUCAAAUGACAUGUACAUGUAUAGGCAUACAGUAAUCACUUUUAGUUUCAACAAAACAAACGAUGGGCCUACUUAUAGGUGACCUAAUGCACUCAAUAUGUUUCCAAGUUGGUCAACGGUUGAGGGUUAUCAGAACCAUUUCCGUCUUUGUUUUACGUCAUUGAUAAUGUGAAAAUCCCACAAACUUGUCUUGUUAUGUACAACUGUUAUUUUGUGAACUUCUAUACUAUAUUUAGCCCUAAGGCCUAUAAGGUAUUUUUACUUCGGUAUUAAUUGUAGUUGAAUAACUGCUGUAUUCAACGGA